CUGCCCGGGGGCCACUGGUCCAGCGCAGGGCAAGUGUCGGGGAGAGCCCUGCGGGGCCCGGCUCUGCCUGGUGACGGGUGAUGCUGCCCAGCCCCGCUCCUCACUGGGCCUCACUGGGCCUCCCAGUCCCGCACUGGGCAGGAGCGGGGCCGUUCCCCAGCGGGCAGAGUGCGGCCGGCUCGGGGGUCCCAGCCCUCGCCCAGCCUCUGUGGUGUCAGCGAUGGAGACUGGUGGUGUCCCGGGAGCCGGGGCCGUGCUGGUGGCACUGGUGGUGCUGGGAGCCCACGCGGCUGGUGGCCAGGAGCCCUCGGGGGUUUUCCUGGAGAGGGUUGAGAGUGAGUGUCAGUACCUCAACGGCAUGGAGCGGGUGAGGUUUGUGGAGAGGUACAUCCACAACCGGGAGCAGUUACUGCACUUCGACAGCGACGUGGGGCUCUAUGUGGCCGACACCCCCCUGGGUGAGCCCCAAGCUCAGAAUGACAACAGCAAACCAGAGAGACUGGAGUAUAAAAGGGCUGCAGUGGACAGGUUCUGCCGGCACAACUACCAGGCUUUGACCCCCAUCGUCACGGAGAGGAAAGUGCCGCCCAAGGUGAGGGUCGCCCCCGUGCAGUCGGGCUCCCUGCCCCAGACCGACAGGCUGGCUUGCUACGUGACGGGCUUUUACCCGGCGGAGGUCGAGGUGAAGUGGUUCCAGAACGGGCGGGAGGAGACGGAGCGCGUGGUGUCCACGGACGUGAUCCCCAACGGAGACUGGACCUACCAGGUGCUGGUGAUGCUGGAAACCAGCCCGCGGCGCGGGGACACCUACACGUGCCAGGUGGAGCACGUCAGCCUGCAGCAGCCCGUCAGGCAGCGCUGGGGUAAGGCCCUGCGCGGCCCCCUGGGGCGGGAGGGUGGGGAGGGGGCCGGGCCCCCCCAGCCCUGA